UCCGAGGCCUCCGGGCCGAGCAGCCCCAGCCCCGCCAGGCGCCCCGGCACCGAUGGAUGAGGAGCUCAGAGGCCGCCAAGGGCAGAAUGAGCGUCAUCAUCGAUUUUACAGCAUCUGAUCCGUCAGGAAGAGACGCUUCUGCUGCAGGUCUUUCUUAUUCCACCCCAGAGAGGACAGCUGGCGUCUGAGACGUGAGAAGCAGGAUGCCCCCCGGGGUUGACUGCCCCAUGGAAUUCUGGACCAAGGAGGAGAACCCGAACGUGGCCGUUGACUUCCUGCUGCCCACAGGGGUCUACCUGAACUUCCCGGUGUCCCGAAAUGCUAACCUCAGCACCAUCAAGAAGGCGCUGUGGCAGCGAGCCCAGUAUGAGCCGCUCUUCCACAUGCUCAGUGACCCCGAGGCCUACGUGUUCACCUGCGUCAACCAGACGGCAGAGCAGCAGGAGCUGGAGGACGAGCAGCGGCGGCUGUGCGACAUCCAGCCCUUCCUGCCCUUCCUGCGCCUGGUGGCCCGCGAGGGCGACCGGGUGAAGAAGGUCAUCAACUCGCAGAUCAGCCUCCUCAUCGGCAAAGGUCUGCACGAGUUCGACUCCUUGCGCGACCCGGAAGUCAAUGACUUUCGGGCCAAGAUGCGCCAGUUCUGCGAGGAGGCGGCGCUGCGGCGGCAGCAGCUGGGCUGGGAGGCCUGGCUGCAGUACAGCUUCCCGCUGCAGCUGGAGCCCUCGGCCCGGAGCUGGGGGCCCGGCACCCUGCGGCUCCCCAACCGGGCCCUCCUGGUCAACGUCAAGUUCGAGGGCAGCGAGGAGAGCUUCACCUUCCAGGUGUCCACCAAAGACGUGCCCCUGGCGCUGAUGGCCUGCGCCCUGCGCAAGAAGGCCACGGUCUUCCGGCAGCCGCUGGUGGAGCAGCCCGAGGACUACACCCUGCAGGUGAACGGCAAGCACGAGUACCUGUACGGCAGCUACCCGCUCUGCCACUUCCAGUAUAUCUGCAGCUGCUUGCACAGCGGGCUGACGCCCCACCUCACCAUGGUGCACUCCUCCUCCAUCCUGGCCAUGCGGGACGAGCAGAGCAACCCCACCCCCCAAGUCCAGAAGCUGCGCACCAAGCCACCCCCCAUCCCCAUGAAGAAGCCCUCCUCUACCUCCCUGUGGGCCCUGGAGCAGCCCUUCUGCGUCGAGCUGAUCCAGGGCAGCAAAGUGAAUGCCGACGAGCGGAUGAAGCUGGUGGUGCAGGCUGGCCUCUUCCACGGCAAUGAGACGCUGUGCAAGACGGUGUCCAGCUCCGAGGUGAGCGUGUGCUCGGAGCCCGUGUGGAAGCAGAGGCUGGAGUUUGACAUCAACGUCUGCGACCUGCCGCGCAUGGCCCGGCUCUGCUUUGCGCUCUACGCCGUGAUCGAGAAGGCCAAGAAGGCUCGCUCCACCAAGAAGAAGUCCAAGAAGGCGGACUGCCCCAUCGCCUGGGCCAACCUCAUGCUGUUUGACUACAAGGACCAGCUCAAGACAGGGGAGCGCUGCCUCUACAUGUGGCCCUCGGUGCCAGACGAGAAAGGGGAGCUGCUGAACCCCACAGGAACCGUGAGGAGUAACCCCAACACUGAGAGCGCGGCCGCCCUGGUCAUCUGUCUCCCCGAGGUGGCCCCCCACCCUGUGUACUACCCUGCCCUGGACAAGAUCCUGGAGGUGGGCCGGCACGGGGAACACGGGCGCUUCACGGAGGAGGAGCAGCUGCAGCUGCGGGAGAUCCUGGAGCGGCGGGGGUCCGGGGAGCUGUACGAGCACGAGAAGGACCUGGUGUGGAAGAUGCGGCACGAGGUCCAGGAGCACUUCCCCGAGGCGCUGGCCCGGCUGCUGCUGGUCACCAAGUGGAACAAGCACGAGGACGUGGCUCAGAUGCUCUGCCUGCUGUGCACCUGGCCCGAGCUGCCGGUCCUGAGCGCCCUGGAGCUGCUGGACUUCAGCUUCCCUGACCGCCACGUCUGCAACUUCGCCAUCAAGUCCCUGCGGAAACUGACGGAUGACGAACUGUUCCAGUACCUGCUGCAGCUGGUGCAGGUGCUCAAGUAUGAGUCCUACCUCGACUGCGAACUGACCAAGUUCUUGCUGGACCGGGCCCUGGCCAACCGCAAGAUUGGCCACUUCUUCUUCUGGCACCUUCGCUCUGAGAUGCACGUGCCGUCCGUGGCCCUGCGCUUCGGCCUCAUCAUGGAGGCCUACUGCCGGGGCAGCACCCACCACAUGAAGGUGCUGAUGAAGCAGGGGGAAGCACUGAACAAACUGAAGGCCCUCAAUGACUUCGUCAAAGUGAGCUCCCAGAAGACCACCAAGCCCCAGACCAAGGAGCUGAUGCACCUGUGCAUGCGCCAGGAGCCCUACCUGGAGGCGCUCUCUCACCUGCAGUCCCCCCUCGACCCCAGCACCCAGCUGGCUGAAGUCUGUGUGGAGCAGUGCACGUUCAUGGACUCCAAGAUGAAGCCGCUGUGGGUCAUGUACAGCAACGAGGAGGCAGGCAGCGAUGGCAGCGUGGGCAUCAUCUUCAAGAAUGGGGAUGACCUCCGCCAGGACAUGCUGACUCUGCAAAUGAUCCAGCUGAUGGAUGUGCUAUGGAAGCAGGAGGGGCUGGACCUGAGGAUGACCCCCUACGGCUGCCUCUCCACCGGGGACCGCACAGGCCUCAUCGAGGUGGUGCUGCGCUCGGACACCAUCGCCAACAUCCAGCUGAACAAGAGCAACAUGGCGGCCACGGCCGCCUUCAACAAGGAUGCCCUGCUCAACUGGCUCAAGUCCAAGAACCCGGGGGAGGCCCUGGACCGAGCCAUCGAGGAGUUCACCCUCUCCUGCGCCGGCUACUGUGUGGCCACCUACGUGCUGGGCAUCGGCGACCGGCACAGCGACAACAUCAUGAUCCGCGAGAACGGGCAGCUGUUCCACAUCGAUUUCGGCCACUUUCUGGGCAAUUUCAAGACGAAGUUUGGAAUCAACCGCGAGCGCGUCCCGUUCAUCCUCACCUACGACUUCGUCCACGUGAUCCAGCAGGGCAAGACGAGCAACAGUGAGAAAUUCGAGAGGUUCCGGGGCUACUGCGAACGAGCCUACACCAUCCUGCGGCGCCACGGCCUGCUCUUCCUCCACCUCUUCGCCCUGAUGCGGGCGGCAGGCCUGCCCGAGCUCAGCUGCUCCAAAGACAUCCAGUAUCUCAAGGACUCCCUGGCGCUGGGCAAGACGGAGGAGGAGGCGCUGAAGCACUUCCGGGUGAAGUUCAACGAAGCCCUGCGGGAAAGCUGGAAGACCAAAGUGAACUGGCUGGCCCACAACGUGUCCAAGGACAACCGGCAGUAGCACCCCGCAGCCCGGCUGGGCCUGUGAACCCGGGAACCAGGCACCCUCGCCCUUCGGGGCCCAAAACCUGAACUGCGCCCCACGGGGAAGAACUUACACAACCGCCUUUUGUUUACACUGGUUAUUUAUUUAUGACUUGAAAUGUUUCAGGAACUCAACAGCCAUAUUCAGAAACGCAUCCUCCUGCAGGGGAGGGGUGCCGCUCCAGCGCCCCCCCAUAGCAGACUCGGGGGCGGACGAGAGAUGGGCACCCCAAGGUUGCAUCUUGCUGAGGACUAUAACCCCAAGUCUUCCAGCGGGUGGCUCUGGACCCAGGCAAGACGACGCUCGCCAUCGGGGAGACCGCCUUCUCGCCCAGACCCCACGGGCCGCCUGGGCCCUGGCGCCUGCUGUCCCCCGGGACGGGACACGCACCUCUUCCGUUCACCCCUCCAUCUCCGAGUCCCCACUGACUGAGUUCUGGGCAGCUCCCCGGGAAGCAUGGUGCCCUCCUGAAUGGGGGGCGUCCACUUGCCACUUUUGAAGUGACUCACGGGUACGGGCAUUCAUCUCUGCUGCAAAGCAAUUUCGUUUGCGGGUAAGAAAACCGUGGCCAAACUACUUCCUGAACCUCCGUGGUUCAGGAGAACGGCCCCGGUCCCUAUGAAGCAUAAUAUAUGGUGGUCCUCAAGACACAUUAAAGAGCGUGACGGAGCUCAUCUGAGUCACGGUCACGGCAAAAGCAGGGCAGAGUCCUUUGUGCAAUUACGAUCGGCUGCCUCUCCCAGCAGGCUGGGGGGGGCCCUUGAGAACCUGCCGUGUCAUCACCUGGGGUGCAGUGGACUGUUUUCUCGGGUGGUUCUCAGCUGGCUCAGGCUUAGCCUUAGCUCUCCUAGUUCCCUGGGUCUGAGGAGCCCAAAAUGCAGGUUCCCAGGCCUCUCCCUACCAUCUGGCGCCAAUGGGGCUGGAAAUCUGGGCCUGGAGGCACCCAUGGUGGCCGCCAGGGUCUCCCCACUGUGCUCACACCCACUGCCGGGCUCAGCGGACCCACGCGGAGCCACUGCACGGCUCAGGUGCACGGCCUCCGACAGAGACAAAAUCCCCGGGGCUUGGGGUGAGGGGACGAGGCACCUCCAGUGCCCCCACAGAGCAGCCCCACCCCACGGGUACCAAUGAUGUGCUGCGCCCAUCGGUGCCACCUCGCCUGCUCCAAAUGGGAGACGCCGAGCACAGCUGUCCACCGCUGCUCAUUGACGUGAGUCCCAGUGUGGACGGCCCUUUGUGCCCUCAGAGCACUGGCGAGGGGGUGCAGCCUAGGUCCCUGGUGGGGGGAAGAGUAUUUGCUAACGUUUUAAUCACGGGGCUGUUCCUGACACGGGGAAGGUGAGCUCUGGGGGGACACAGAUUGACUGGCUUUUGGGAACCCGACGUGACAGGUGACAGCGGUGAGAAGAAUAAAAGCCUCUUCAUGGAACAUUCUCGGCUCCCAAGGAGACAAGGGGAUGCAGGAUUAGUACAAAAACAAGACAAAACAGCACAGACCCCGGUGGAGUUAGAACCAGAGCUUUAUUGUGCACACGCCGGUGCUCCCAGCCCCGCCAGGCCCGGCCCGCGCCAGCCUCUACCCACGGUCUACACAGCAGCUACAGGGACAGGACACGAGGACGCCACACACCACACAGGACAGCCGGCGGCGGCGGCCUCGGAACUAGCAGUUAUGAUCACAGAACAGUAUCCAAAUGGCUCCCUUUCGUUUUAGAAAAUCUAGAAUUUUACACGAAUUGAGGAGUGCUGCGGGGGCUCUGCUCGGGCUGCCCUUCCCUCCCCCGCCGGUGUGGCUUGACCCGAGGUGGCCGGUGUGGCCCACGGGGGCUCCGGGGGCGCUUGGCCUUGGGCGCUGACCGUGCUGUCAGCGUCUGUGCGGGUCACUCGGGCCGCGCCGACUCCCCACCAAGGGCCGGGCUGCCUGCACUGCCGAGUCA